GAGAGGGAAGGAGGGAGAAAGAAGGAGAAGGAGAAGGGGAAAGAGUGAGAGCCAGCGAGAUGCCGCAGCUUCCAGCAGGCGAUGAUCUGGGGGCUAGUGAUGAGAUGAUCUCCUUCAAGGACGAGGGCGAGCAGGAGGACAAGCGGCCGGGCAGUGUGUCCGCAGACCGGGACCUCGCCGAUGUCAAGUCAUCUCUGGUCAACGAGAGCGAGCAGACGGCGCCGGGCAGCGGGGGCGGCGGCGGCAGCAGCAGCUCCCCGGAGACCGAGGCUGAGCGCAGGCACACGCCGAGUUUUGGAGAGAAAGCUCGGGAUUACCAGCAGCACGAAGUCAAAAGGCAAGAUGGAGGGUUGUUUAAGGGAGCCGCUGCUGCUGCUUACCCGUUCAUCAUGAUCCCGGAGCUGUCUACUCCUUACCUCCCAAGCGGAUCGCUCACCCCCGGGGCCCGCACGUACCUGCAGAUGAAGUGGCCCUUGUUGGACGUCCAGACUGCCAGCUGCCUCAAAGACUCUCCAGCUCCCAUCCACCUUACCAACAGGUUGCCUCUGGUGCAGCAUGCUCAUCACAUGCACCCUCUCACUCCCCUCAUCACCUACAGCAACGAACACUUCUCACCUGGGAACCCAACCCCUCAUCUGUCCUCUGACCUCAGCUCCAAGACCGGACUCCCUCGGGUUCCAUACCCCUCUGAACUCUCUCCGUACUACCCGCUGUCUCCGGGCACCAUGGGGCCGAUCGCUCACCCGCUGGGCUGGGUCAUGCCACCGCAAAGUCCGCCGCUCUAUCCGAUUGCAGCAGGAAGCUUCCGGCCCUCCUACCACACUGCACUGACCGUCAAUGCUUCAAUGUCCAGGUUUUCCCCACAGAUGGCUCCACCACCACAUACUUCUCACGCAACUGCAAUUCCUCAUCCAGCUAUAACAACAGCAGGGAUCAAACAGGAGCAACUUCACAGUCAGCCCAGCCCCAGUGAAACUGCGAAGCCAUUGAUGGUGAAGAAGGAAGAUGAGAAGAGGAAGCCUCACAUCAAGAAGCCUCUGAACGCCUUCAUGUUGUACAUGAAGGAGAUGCGGGCCAAAGUCGUGGCCGAGUGCACACUAAAGGAAAGUGCAGCUAUUAACCAGAUCCUUGGACGCAAGUGGCAUGCUUUGACAAGAGAGGAGCAGUCAAAAUAUUAUGAACUCGCGAGGAAGGAACGGCAACUCCACUCUCAGCUCUACCCUGGGUGGUCAGCACGGGACAAUUAUGGGAAGAGGAAAAAGAGGAAACGAGAUAAACAGCAGCCGCCAGAGACAGACAAUCGAGAUCUGUCCCUGCCGGUAUCCCGCCGGAAGCUCAAGUGUGUACAGUACCUGCGGGUGGAUGGGAGUUGCGCCCCGCCUGUAUCUGCCACCGGCGGCAGUGUCUUGGACUCACCGCCUUCGCCGUCCACUCUGCAGCUGCAGCCAGAUCCUCCAGUCUCCGACCAGGCACAGCCCCUGUCACUCAGCACCAAGCUGACUGCCUUGUCCUCUUCCCCAGCUGCCACCAUCACCGAGAGUAGCCCCUCACCUGCCAGUGCACGGCACCUCUCCUACACCGCCAUGCCCACUUUCCUGUUAACUCCUCCUUCCUCGGUGGAGGCUGCUUCACAUUCCCAACAUGCUGUACCAGCUGUGCAGACACAGCCAUUGUCUCUGGUGACCAAAUCAGCGGAGUGACUGUGUUUAUAGCCUGUGUUCCAGAACUGCAUCCUUCCACAUAGACUGACAAAGAUGUUCUUUGCUGGUCAAUAUUUGACCCAAUUUUUAUAUGAAAACCUGUAAAUAUGUUUUUUUAGUUAAUGCCGCUGGAGGGAGGAGCUGAAUCAAGACUACAGAUAUCUCUCUGUCUUGGCCCAUGUUUGAGCCACUUUGAUACCGUUUGGUGUGCUCAUUACAAUUGGCAGAGGUACCAUUUAAACUCUCACCACCUCUUGAGAGUGAGAGUCAGGUUUAAUCAAGGUGGGGGUGAGGGGGGACAGUGUACUGAGUGCUUGCAAUUUUCUUGUGCUGUGCAGGAUAUUAGCCAAUCUAAGGAAAAGGAGUGAUAUUAGCCAGGGGCUAGGUGGGAGGGAGGUAAGACCAUCUGAGCUAGGGUAACACAGGAGGGUGAGUAUUUUGUUCAAGUGGUGGUAGGGUAUCACUUGGAGUGAUGGUUUCUGAGCAAAGCGAGUCAGGAUUGAAGGAGCAGAGGAGACCCCAACCUUGACUAGUUUCACCUGAGUCGUCUGUCAGGGGGAAGUGGGGGUGGUCAGCAGGAUAGAUGAAGCUGUGUGAGCAACUAAGACAAUCAAUUCCCCAGUGCCUCCUCAUUCUCUACCCCCGCCUGGAGGCAAACCUGCCUGGUGACCAAGUAUCCUGGUUCGUUGCCAGGAUAAGAGAUUCGAGGAGCAGUUUCCUGGUUUGAGGCAGAGGUGGGUUACUCCUAGCAAAGGCAGAAUGGCACAAAAUUCAAAUUUGAUCGAGUGGAAGAUGGUUAGAUCUUGUGUCACAGCUAGUAUUUCAGUUCCAUUGUCUUUAAAAGGAAGUGUUUGAUGAGUAAGUGGCGUUUUUCCAGGAGAUAAUUGUGCAACAUAAUACAUUGACAAUGGCUUUACUGGCGAGAGUUGGUGCUCUGCGCUGGGUGAAAGUCCCAUCUCCAUGUCUUGUCAUGUGAAGGGUGCAAUAUUCUGUACGCAAGUAGCCAGUUGUCCACUGUCAGACAUUUUACUGAAGGAGGAAUAAGUAGUAAAUCCCAUUCCAAGUUGCUGUGAAAGGAGAUAGCCAUCACCUGCCAUAUUGGGUGGCACAUUGACGUGAAUGGUCACCGCAAUUGAAGGCCAUUUUGCUUUUUAAUAGCUCAGGGGUGAGAGGACUUCGUGGAAGAGGUUCCAACAAUCCUGAACCUCAGAUAAGAGGUUUAAACAGUCAUUUAUCUGCUCUGUUCAGCUUCUUGUCAGUUGUCAGCCAAACCUCUGCUUCCCAUUCUCAACAUCCCUUUUUUUUAUUAAAAUUACCUUGUCUUUUUUAAAAAAAACGUAAAAAUGUUCUUACAUAAACCUUGUACAUGAAAGACUCAUUGUAUUUAGGGGUUUUUAUGGAUGGUGUCUUUUUGUUGUGAGAAACAGAGCUUCUAGAAUGUUCUACAUUUUAAGAUUUGUGAAUAAACUGAACCAAUACAUGUAAAUUGGGGGGUGGGGGGGGUGGAAUGAAGAUUCUCCAAAUAAAAAUGAGUUUCUUUUAUGAA